GCGUUUGCACAGAAGCAGGCGUUGCUCGGGCGCACCGCAAUUUGGGGUGCCGAUGAACAAAGAUCCACGGCACACCGGAAAUGGAGUCGGCCAGCAACACCGUCUUUUUCUUCAAUGCCAAGCCAAACAAGAGUCGUGGGGGCGGUCGAGUGGAACGAAUGAGAGAGAAGCAGAACGGGACACACAAAUCGUGUGCCCCGAUGUCCACGUCAUCCGUUCCCGCCGUCCCAGCCACUUGCGACAUGUGGCACGACAUGAGGAAAAUGAUGACGACGGUGAUGAACACGAUGAUAGUGACGAUUACGGUGGUAAUGUUGAUCUGGGCGACGAUGUCGCUGACGAUGAUGACGAUGUUGAUGACGAAGGUGACGUCGAUGAUGAUGUUCGUGAUGAUGAUGAUUGUGAUGACGACGAUGAUGACGAUGUUGAUAAUGGCGAUGACAACGAAGAGGACGAUGGCGGUGAUUUCGGUGACGGCGACGAUGUCGCUGAUGAUGAUGAUGUUGUUGAUGAUGUUGAUGAUGUUGAUGAUAAUGUCGAUGAUGAUGACGAUGUUGAUGACGUUGACGAGGCUGAUGAUGAUGUUGUUGAUGAUGAUGAUGAUGCUGAUGAAGAUGAUGAUGAUCACGAUGACAAUGAUGGUGAUGAUGAUGAUGAUGAUGAAGAUGAUGACGCUGAUGGUGGUGGCGACGAUGAUGGUGAUGAUGGGGGCGAUGAUGAUGAUGAUGAUGGCAAGCAAGAAUCACGGGGCCGCUCGCGACUUGAAACAGGUUGCGUGAUGGAGGGGACCUUCUCGACACCACGCAUCUUCGAGUCGAUCUUCUCGAGACCACAGGCCAUGAGUGCCGAGACGCACAUUCGCUUAGCAGAACCUUUUCGUCCUUGUGCGAAAUCCGUGCGGCAUUUCAACGGUGUGACGACGAUCCACGGAGCGACCGCAGAGGACUUCGACGAGGACCCAUGGAUGACCGUCGUUCCGUGCAGGGACGCGCAUCUUGACGACUGGGGCGAGGGCAAUUGGGGUAGUAUGGAGAGUCACUGCCCUUGGGCAAGCCAGUACAAGUUCGCGAAUAUGUUGGAGUUCGGGGACCUCAUCCCGCUGCCUGACGCCAUCCUCGGACAUAAGUUCCUGAACCAUAUGCGGAAAGCACUAAGCUGCAUUAGCCGCUAUUUCAGUCACCUCAAGUGCCACAACGUCAGGUCGUCGCCACGAACUUGGGGUGGCUCGCGGAAACAAGAGUUGGUGGACUGCGCUCGUCGCUGCUCGUUCCUGGACCAGUACCCGCUCCGUUGCCCCGGGAUUUCUCCACGAGCUGUGUCGUACUGCUGUGUGCGGUUGACUGUGUCCGGAUCUGAUUUCGCCAGAGUUCUGUGUGUCGCUGCUUCGAACAAGAGCGGGAAACUCGUCGACGCAGUUGUGCUCGUGUCGCGCAGCGAGGUUGUGAUUGAAGGGUCCAAGUUCGUGCCGAUGCGUGGGCCUGAACGUGUGGAUGGGUGGCCAGAUUUGGUGAUAGCAGGUCAAGUUCGAAACUAUUCGUUGUUUCGUGAGGUUGAGGAGAAAGCGGCUGACAUACGGGACUGCAUAGGAAACUCCUUGGCACGAUCGGGGGUGUUUGUUAGGUCGUGCGGCGGUUGUGAGUCGAGAGGGGCAGCGGGGGAGGGGGGUGAUCUGGGUUCCGGGGACGCUACACAUGUGCAGCGGGAGGAUGCCAGAGGUCAGUUUGACGACAGCGAAGAUGAGGCGACAACGCGUUCGCCGUUUUCGCCGUCGAGGGAAAUAGACACGUCCGUGUUGUCCAUACCUGGGGCCCGACAACAGACCGCAGCGGAUCCCGGAGAAGAGGGAGUCUUGUGUGGGUCUGACUUGGAGCCCGCCGGGGGCAAUGGCGCAGAAGGCGAGGCCGUGGGCGGGGAGGGAGCGCAGGGCACUCCCCAAAAAAGGAGGGGAGAAUGUCAAGAAGAGUUGGUGGGCUCUUCGAAGAAACAGAAGACCAAGACCCCGAGGACUACGGGAGAGAAACGGAAGGGGAGAGGGGUGGAAGAGGGUCACCCGGGUAGCAAACGUCCGGCUUCGAAACAUAAACAGCCUGAGUCGGGACCUUCUUCACCACGGCCUGCCAUCGACGUGGACGCCGGGUACUUCCUGGAGUACAAAGACGGCGUCAGGACAAGGCGGGAGUUUGAGGCGGCGCACUACUUGUGGCCGCCUGACACCGUUGUCCCGCCCGAUCAUCCGUCUUGGAAGGAUGACAACAUCCACGUCCUGCUUGAACCGCAACGUCAUUCACCUGAGCAGGACUGGGGCCAUGACAUGGUUUGGCAUCCGGGAGUCAUCUUGCCAGCGAUACGAAAUGGCGAGUGGGUCAUGGCCGUGGCAAUCCCGGGCACGGGAUGGGUGUCAUACCCACGCGAGUCGAAGUCCAACUUCCUGCACCUCGCGAGGAUUUCGGUCCUCGAGAAAGUGAAGGUCGAAAAUGACACUUUAGCACCCGGCGACCUGUCCCUCAUUUCCACUGCCGGUCGACUGUUUGACGAGCUUCAGGACAAGUGCUGGUUGGAAUUGAUGGAGGACUACUACGAGCUCGACACGAGUCCGUCGAAGGGCGUGGCGGACUGGAAAGUGCCCCCUCCCAGUGGGCCGGACGGUGGUUCCGGGGGGGGGUCACCUGGAAGCGGAGGGGAUGGGGGUGGCGACGCAGGGGGUGGCAAAGGAAUCCCGCCUAUGGGGGAGAGAGGGUCUCACGGCCGCAACACGACACCGGGAGGCAGCGCUGGGGUGGCGGUUUCGCUGUCGACCGGACUCCCCUUGGUUGCUCUGGGCAUUCGCUCGGCCGGAAAGCCGAAGUCCGCCGGGAUCCGAAUUACGUCGGGUGAGGAGCCGCCAGAGCGGUCCGGAAUGCGAAGCUGCUCGGGGUUGGGGGAUCCAAGCACGGAUCGAGAAAUUCGCAGCAUUGCGGCGCAGGACGGAGACGUCGGAACGGUGUCGCCUGCGCGGGAGCGACGGCCGCAAGGAUUGCAGCGGGAGACUGCAAGUGCAGGGUCCGGCGACACGGAGACCACGAAGUCCGCCGAGAUCCGAACUUCUUCGGGCGGGGUUUGUCGGCCAGGGAUUGUCGUGUCGUUGAGAGGGGCAGCGUGCACGGGGACGGAAGGGCGGUCCUCACGAUUCGGCACGGGUACCGCGGAAGGGGACGAGUUUCGUGGGAGGGAAGUAGGGGAGGAAACGGAGGAACAGAAGGGAGCGCAAGAAGGCGAGGAAGAAGGGGAAGAAGAGGUGGAAGGGGAGGAAGCGGGAGAAACGGAGCUAAUUGAUUUGUUUGAAGGAAGGGAGGGUGUCGGGUCUGGAGAAGACGAAGUGGAACACACUGAGGACGAUGCCGGUCGUCUGACGAGUUCGGACAACUGUACGGAGAGCAUCACGAGGAUGAUGUCGACGACGAUGCCACGACAAUAGAGAUGGAGACACAAGUGGUCAGCAGCCUUUCCACAGAGCCUGAAGAUU